AUGGCAUCGCGGCCUCCGGUGAUUUGCGACACCGGCACGGGGGUGAUCAAGGCAGGGAUGGCUGGAGAGCAGGAACCGUCCAUGAUGCUCCCAAACCUACUGGGCCGCCCGGUGCUGCGCGCGGAUGGCAUGGUGGUCGGUCAGGUGGAGGACAUCAUGAUUGGAGACGAGGCCAAUGCAGCGAGGUCCAUGCUGCAAUUAUCCCGACCCAUUCAGAAUGGCGUGGUGAAGGAUUGGAAUGAGAUGGAGGCCGUUUGGGACUACACCUUCAAGAAGCUUGGGAUUGAAAACCCAGCAGACCACAAGGUGCUGCAGACGGAAGCGGCACUGAACCCGCCCCGGAAUCGCGAGAAGAUGGUUGAGAUCAUGUUCGAGCGGUAUGGCUUUAGCGGAGUCAACGUCUCCGUGCAGGCGAUUCUAGCCUUGAAUUCCAGAGGGCUGCAGUCAGGCUUUGUGGUGGAUUCAGGAGAUGGAGUCACCCAUUUGGUGCCAGUGACCGAAGGUUAUUUGGAGCCGGCACUCGUACAACGAGUCAAUUUGGCUGGCAGACAUGUCACUGAGCAGCUGAUGAAGCUCCUGGUAGGUCAAGGGCAUCCGUUGAACUCGACCACUGACUUUGAGACCGUCCGUGAGGUCAAGCAGAAGCUAUGCUAUGUGGCCUACGACCCGGAAGCGGAAAAGAAGCUUGCCAGGGAGACCACCUUGGUCGACCGUCAGUACGUGCUUCCGGACAGCCGAACCAUGCGGGUGGGAGCCGAACGGUUUCUGGCGCCGGAGAUCUUGUUCAAGCCAGCUUUGGCUGGGCACGGCGACACCGAUGGAUUGGCCGAUUUGGUGUUUAACACCAUCAGGCGAUCUGAUAUCCACGUGCAGAAGGAUUAUUUCAAACAAAUCCUGCUCUCGGGUGGCACGACGAUGUUUCCGGGAAUGUCCUCAAGGCUUGAAAAGGAUCUCAAGGCUCUCUAUUUGCAGAACGUCCUCCAAGGGGAUUCCUCCCGUGCCAGCAAAUUCAGGGUUCACGUGGAGGUCCAACCCCCAAAGCCCGUGAAUUUGCAUCCUGCCAUCGUGCAGCCUCUCAUGCCAUUGGCCAAGGAUGGGGACAUCGCACAUGCGCACCACGCAGACCUGAUAGUGAAGAGACGUCCUGGCGUCCUGCAGAUGUGCUGCCAGCUCAGCGGGGAAGAGGGGGGGCGAUGUGCUGCCGGAGCACGGGACGCGGGCUCCGCGCGAGGGACGCGUUCGGGUCGAAGAGACGAGUCCUUUUGGACCGGUUGGGGAGCACGGUUUUUGGCGAGUCCUGAGGGGGAAGCCUCCAAGCGAAGCGAGCUGACGGUGUCCUGCAGGAAGUCCUUGAAGCGAACCCAUGACCUCUUCGUGGGGAACGAAGAGUUAAAGCGAGUGGAGGAGCGGUAUGAGCACAUCAGGAAUGUGCCUGACCAGGUCACAGAUGAGAAUGCCGCGUUGCCCUUCCUCCGUAGUGCGCCGGCGGAUGACGCCACUCGCGAGGCCUUGCCAUCAGCUAUUACUCAGAUGCUAACAGAUGGCGAGACGGGUCAGAAGACCUCGGGUCCUGCGGUGGGACCAGUGGUGCCGCUGGUGCCCAAGGUCUCCGAUCCCUCCACGGAGAUCCAGGUUCGCCCGUUGCGUGAGCGGCCGGAGAUCCCCAAGCCCAUUUGGCAUCCACCCUGGAAGCUCAUGAGGAUUAUGUCUGGCCAUGAGGGCUGGGUUCGCACCGUUGCAGUGGACCCAACCAAUGAGUGGUUUGCGUCCUCGGGCAAUGAUCGUCUCAUCAAGAUCUGGGACCUGGCCAGUGGCGUGCUGAAAUUGUCAUUGACCGGACAUGUGAGCACCGUUCGUGCAGUGGCUAUCUCUGACAGGCACCCGUACCUCUUCAGCGCUUCAGAAGACUGCGAGGUGAAGUGUUGGGAUUUGGAGCAGAACAUGGUGAUCCGGAAUUACCAUGGCCAUCUCAGUGGCGUUUACACCUUGGUCUUGCACCCCACGCUCAACAUCCUGGCUACAGGCGGCCGCGAUGGCUCGGUACGCAUCUGGGACAUGCGGACGAAGACCGGGAUUUUUGUGUUCACCGGUCACACCAAUGCGAUCUGCUCUCUGGCCUCACAGGCAUCGGAGCCGCAGUUCCUGAGCGGCUCAAUGGAUCGCAUGGUCCGGCUGUGGGAUCUGGCAGCAGGCAAGUGUGCGGUAACCCUAACCAAUCACAAGAAAAGUGUGAGGGCUUUGGGCAUCCAUCCGCUCGAGUAUACCUUUGUCUCCUGCUCUUCAGACAACAACAAGGUGUGGAAGUGCCCCAAAGGAGCUUUCGAGCGGAACAUUCAGGGCCACAACGCCAUCGUGAACUGUUGCGCGAUCCGAGAAGGGCAGCAGGGAUCGUCUCAGCUCAUCGCGGGCACAGACAAUGGCUAUUUGCAUUUUUGGGAUUGGAGAAGUGGCCACAAGUUUCAGAGCUUGGAGGCCAUUCCCCAGCCUGGUAGCAUGAGCGCCGAGAAUGCAAUCUUUGACAUGGCGCUUGACCAGAGUGGAAGCCGCUUGAUCACAGCAGAGUGUGACAAAACGGUGAAGAUCUACCGAGAGGCCCGAGCGAAGAUCAUGCUGAAUGUCUUUCAUCGCUAUGAUGACAUCGAGCCGUUGAUGUGGAACGGGGCAUGUGGCUUUGGCUUUUCGGUCUUUCCACCCGGCGCUAAAAGCAGAAGGGUGUGCAUCAUGACAUCUUCUUUGUCAGAGCUGGGGAGAAUUAGAACCUAA